AUGCUCAACCCGCCAUUGCCACCUCGGUCAUCAAGUUACACCCCACAGAAUAAAGUCACUUUCAAAGGAGCUCAAACGUGGCGAGAAUCUUUGGGUGUUUUUCUAUGCUUUCUUCUAGGUCUUUCACUAUUCGUCUCUCUUAUUUGCCUUUGUGUUUACUACUAUAGAGAUCGAGCAGUUUAUGAAGAAAUAAUCGAUUAUUUGGAUAAGACUAUCAGCAUAUCAAAAAUCAACUAUAAUCACAUACUUGGAUUAUACCAGUUGAACGAUAAAGAGAUUGAAGUGCUGGGUGAACAGAGGACGGUAAGGCUUUGGUAA